UUCCUGUGUCAAUUCGCCGUGUGUUGACACACCUAGACUGGACUGAAAGUUAAGGGAGAAGUUUCUGUGCUCCGGGGGUUUUUAGUAUCUGGUGAAGGAGUGCAUAAAAAAAAAAACAAAAGCGCAAGUUCCCUUAAAACAUGGACAAGCUGCGUCGUGUCCUGAGUGGUCAGGAGGACGAGGAACAGGGGCUCACUGCACAGGUUUUGGAUGCCGGUACACUAAGCUUUAGUACCAGAGUGAAGUGGUUUGUGAUUUGCUUUGCUGCUGGGGUUUUGUGUUCCAUUCUUGGGACAGCAUUGCUUUUUCUACCAAAAGGAGUUCAGCUCUUUGCAGUUUUCUACACAUUAGGGAAUUUUGCUGCUUUGUUCAGUACCUGCUUUCUCAUGGGACCAUUAAAACAGUUAAAACGAAUGUUCGAGCCUACGAGAUUGAUUGCAACAUGUGUGAUGCUGCUGUGCCUAAUUUUGACAUUGUGUGCUGUUUUCUGGUGGCACAAGAAGGGACUGGCAAUUUUGUUUUGCAUAUUACAAUUCCUGGCAAUGACCUGGUAUAGCAUUUCAUACAUUCCUUUUGCCAGGGAUGCUGUUUUAAAGUGCUUUACAACCUGCUUGAGUUAAAAUGAUAAGUGUGUUUUAAGACUGAUCCUGGAAAGCAGAGAAAGUGUGAAAGAACAUUAUUCAGUAACAUUAUUCCUUGUACAGUAAAUAUGUAUAAAAAAAUCUUGUGUAUUUGCCUAAGAUUCAGUUAAAAAAACUGCAUACAUUUCCAAAGACAGCUUAUAUACGAUUCUAAUAGGUGAUAUUAGAAGCUAAAUAAAACAUCUAAAGUAAUUCAGCUGUAUGAUAUUCGCUGAAGAAGAUGUUUUGAGAUUUUGAUAUGAGAGUGCAUGUGCUGAGUGAGAAAAGGCUUGAGUGUGAAGGCUAAAUGAAAAUAUUUACAUUUUCUGAAAGGUAUUUGUUAAUAAAUGAUUGUUUCCAUCUAUAUUAGAUUCACUCAUAGAGAUGAUUUAUAACUUCUUAACUUAACUUCUUCAUAUAAACCAUUCAUAAUGAGUAUAACAGUUUAUCUGACAUGCUAAAAGAGUUGUUUAUAUCUUAGCCAGCAAUAAUGAGUGGAUAUGCAUUAUUUCCUACCAUUACUUGUAUAGUAGGAUGCUAUGUUUUUAUUUUCAACAUAUUUGGUUCCUCAUAGAAAGUUUUGUUAAUGGCUUUUUAAAACCCUUGUGCCCUUAGCUACAGCAGUGUAUAAAUGUGACAAAUGGGCGUUACGUUUCUUUUUUGAUCUGUAUGAUAUCUUGGUGAAAAGAACCCUGGAACAUUGAGCCAAUUUUACUAAUUUUGGGGGUUUUUGCUUUUUUUUUUUGCUGUAACGUAAUCAAUACAAAAUUUACUCAAAUCAUUCAUCCCACAAUAAUAAAUGACAUCCAACUAC